UGAAAAAGAAAAAAAAAAAGAAAAGAAAGGGCCGGCUCUGUCCGUUGAGAGAGGCGGUGCUAAUCAUGUCGGGGCGACGAAAAUUAGUUUGCUCUGGGCAAAGAAGAUGACGGCCUGCUUGUUUCUAAAUCUGCCACUUUCUUCUUCAUCUGCUGCGUUUACUUCUCAUACUAAUAAGAAUUACCCUUCGCUAGCUUCACACCUACUUCUCACUCUAACCCCAAACCAGUCCUUUCUUCGAGCCCCUCGGUUCUCACGCCAAAUCAAAGCCUCAUCAGCUUCCAUGGAAGCCCAGCAAAGUGAGACCGGCGUCUCAACCCCACCUAUGAAGCUCUUGUUCGUGGAGAUGGGCGUGGGCUACGACCAACAUGGCCAAGACGUUACCGCUGCAGCAAUGCGGGCUUGCAGAGAUGCCAUCUCCUCUAAUUCAAUCCCUGCGUUUCGAAGAGGGUCAAUACCUGGUGUUACAUUUGAGGAGAUGAAACUAGAGAUCAAGCUGGGUGUGCCUCAUUUACUCCAACCGUCACUGGAUGUCGAAAGGGUCAAAUCAGUCUUUCCUUAUGGAAAAUUUGUGAAAGUUGAAGUUGUGGAUGGCGGACUGAUAUGCUCAAGUGGUGUGUGCGUGGAAGAAAUGGGAGAUAAGAAUGACGACUGUUAUAUAGUGAAUGCAGCAGUCUACAUUGGUUACUAGCUUCCUCUUUCCUCCAAACCCCCACGAGAGGUUUUAAGAACCCUCUUAGGAGGACCAUGGCUGGUGUUUCAGAGUCUUCAACAGUGACAGGAAUGCCUGCAUCCAUCAACUUAUCUUUGAUUUUUUUUUUGGUACUAAGAACUGUCUUCCUAACAUCUUUUGUGGCUGAUGAUUAUUUUGACAAUCAUGGUGUCUCUAUAUGCUUGGUCUUCUAUGCUUAUUGAAUAAUUGGAAUUCAAGGUAAUGCUAUAGACAAUUGCUUCAUGCAUAAAUUUCUAAUUAUAUUAACCAUCAUAA